ACCUGCCUGUAUCUAGAAGAGCUGGAAAGGGGCAUGAACAAGUGCAGAAAGGGUUGGGGCAUUAUAUACAGUACUGCCCAAGUUAUAGUAGCUAGCUUGCUUUUUCAUUCAAGUUAUGUUUGAAUGCACAUCAUCUUCUCUUCUAGGUCCCCCUCUUCCUCUGUCGUCUCUGCGUCUUUUUGUUCCGCCACUGCGGCUGGUGUGUGCAGCUCUGUGGCAGGUGAUCGAGCGGAGAGACAUCAUGGACUAUGGGCUGCUGGAGGAGUUUGCCACCACCGUGUUGGAAAUAGUCCCGGAGCUAAUGAGUUACAGAGAGAGGGUCCAACUCCUCCUGGGACUAAGAGCACGGCUGGUCCUAGAGUUAUGUCGCUGUGAUGAUGAGUUGUGUCGCCCUGACACCGUUCAGCCACACCUGAACAGGAUGAGGAGCUGUGUCUCCAAUCAUAAGGGAGAGGUUUCAGAUCCAAAUGUGGAGGCAUCAGAGGCGAGCUUCACGAAGCUGAUUGAAACCCUAAUGGAGGAGCCAAAGGAGAGGGAACUCUUCUUCCAGAAUGUUUUUCCAGAGGAGUUUGGCCCCAAGUAUGACUCAACACUGCAGAUUCUGGUGUGGGAGUUCCUGUCCAGACUGGAGAAACUGUUUCCUCCUCCAGACAUUAAACAGACUGCAUCGUGGCUCAACCUGGCCCCUGCUCUCUUAGAGGAGUGUGUGCAGUCUGUGGCUCACCCUGAGCCAUUACAGGCACUCCUCCAUCACCAUAAAAAUGGAAAACAGUUAGACACCAAUGCUCUAAGGUCCACUGGUGGUGACUACAUCCUCUCUUCACUGUCUUCCCCUUCCUCUGUGAAGGAAGAAAGUGCCUCUUACCAAGCUGGCCCAGAGAGACAGUCCUAUCCCACCAUGCAGGGAUAUCAAAGCCCUUUCCCCUGUGAUGAACCAGAGAUGAGCUGGGACUGCCGAAUGGCAGAUUGUAGGGUCUGGACUGUAAAGCCACCAGCUGGUUCUGCUUCUGUGGAGGUCGAGGUCGAGACUAUAGACGACGCCUCUGAUAUAAUGGUUAAACGCAAGACGAUCGUCAAAGAGUCGAUCAAAGAGACUAGGAGAGAAGAAGCUGUUCUCUGCCCUCAGACACGCAGCGGGCUGAAAACCAGCCGCUUGACAGCUGCCUGUCUGCGCCGUCAGCCUGUACUGCGUUUGAACAGGCUUGACAUGAACAAUAUGCCGUUCCCCAAGUCCUUGCUAACACUGAUUCUAAGGAGGGGGAGACUGCAGGCCGAGGCGACGAGACGCCCAGGACCGAAAAGAAGAGGCAGAAAGAAAAAACGGAGACGAGGACGUGGUGUUGCAAACGAGCAGAUUGAAACAGACACACUGGACGUAAGUGACACGCCGCCACCCAAGUCAUCACUAACACUGACCCUAAAGAGAGGGAUAGUGCAGGCUGAGGCGACGAGUUCCCAGGUACCGAAAAAGAGAGGCAGAAAGAAAGGACAGAAAAUGGGACCCGGUAUCACAAGAUUACAGAUUGAAAAGGUUGGAGUACAUACGCUUGACAUUAGCGAUAUGUCAUUGCCCAAGACCUCGCUAAAGCUGAUCAUAAGGAGAGGGAAGCUGCAGGCCGAGGCAACGGACGGAAAAGAUAGACAGAAAAGAAGAGGCAGAAAGAAAAAAUGGAGGAGAGGACGUGGUGUCAGAAAUGAGAAGACUGAAGCAAAGGGUGUGAAAAGAGAGCGGUCACCUGAAACGGAGGAAGAUGCCGAACUAUCAGAUAAUGAACUUUGGACCACUGUCAAGAAAGGGGCCACUGUCGAUGAGUCUGGUGGAGUCCGUCCUUCUCCUCAUUGUCCAUCAUCUCAUAAGAGGGAGGAGGAAUUGCAACAGCCCAUACAGAACUUUCACUCAGAGGACCACAGUGGUCAUAUGGCCAAAGGGCAGAACAGAGAGGAACGGUCAGAGAGUGUACCUCAGGACUCUCUAACUCCUGAGCCAUCCAAGAUCUCUCACAAAAGAAGCUUCCACUCUGAGCAGCACAGAGGACAUAUGGCAGAAGGGCAGAACAGAAAAGAACGCUCAGAGAGUGUACCUCAGGACUCUCUAACUCCUGAGCCAUCCAACAGCUUUCACAAAAGAAGCCAACGCUCAGAGGAGCACAGAGGACAUAUGGCAGAAGGGCAGAACAGAAAAGAACGCUCAGAGAGUGUACCUCAGGACUCUCUAACUCCUGAGCCAUCCAACAGCUCUCACAAAAGAAGCCAACGCUCAGAGGAGCACAGAGGACAUAUGGCAGAAGGGCAGAACAGAAAAGAACGCUCAGAGAGUGUACCUCAGGACUCUCAAACUCCUGAGCCAUCCAACAGCUCUCACAAAAGAAGCCAACGCUCAGAGGAGCACAGAGGACAUAUGGCAGAAGGGCAGAACAGAAAAGAACGCUCAGAGAGUGUACCUCAGGACUCUCAAACUCCUGAGCCAUCCAACAGCUCUCACAAAAGAAGCCAACGCUCAGAGGAGCACAGAGGACAUAUGGCAGAAGGGCAGAACAGAAAAGAACGCUCAGAGAGUGUACCUCAGGACUCUCAAACUCCUGAGCCAUCCAACAGCUCUCACAAAAGAAGCCAACGCUCAGAGGAGCACAGAGGACAUAUGGCAGAAGGGCAGAACAGAAAAGAACGCUCAGAGAGUGUACCUCAGGACUCUCAAACUCCUGAGCCAUCCAACAGCUCUCACAAAAGAAGCCAACGCGUCAAAGCAUGCUCUUUCUGUGGCAAGACUUUCACUGACACACUGGGCUUGACAAGACACAUGCGAUCUCACAUUGAGCAGAUGUCACAUCAAUGCACCCAGUGUGGGAUAGACUUUGAAUUCAGUGAGGACUUAGAGGAACACCAGAAGCAUGGCUGUGAGAUGAACAAAAAGGAUAAUAGUGAGGAAAAUGGUGAUGACUACUGUGGGAGAACUGUACAGCAAAAACCUGAUCUGAAAAAAAAACCUGAGCUAAAAAGAGACAAAAAACCUGAUCUGAAAGGAGGCAAAAAACCUGAUCUGAAAGGAGGCAAAAAACCUGAUCUGAAAGGAGGCAAAAAACCUGAUCUGAAAGGAGACAAAAAACCUGAUCUGAAAGGAGACAAAAAACCUGAUCUGAAAGGAGACAAAAAACCUGAUCUGGAAGGAGACAAAAAACCUGAUCUGGAAGGAGACAAAAAACCUGAUCUGGAAGGAGACAAAAAACCUGAUCUGGAAGGAGACAAAAAACCUGAUCUGAAAGGAGACAAAAAACCUGAUCUGAAAGGAGACAAAAAACCUGAUCUGGAAGGAGACAAGAAACCUGAUCUGGAAGGAGACAAGAAACCUGAUCUGGAAGGAGACAAAAAACCUGAUCUGGAAGGAGACAAGAAACCUGAUCUGGAAGGAGUCAAAAAACCUGAUCUGCAAGGAGACCUAAAACAACAUGUGAAAGGAGACACACAAGACUGCUCCAUAAAGUGCCAUGUGUGCGGGAAAAUAACUACUCGUAUGCUGGGCUUGCGAAGGCACCUUCUAAUUCACUUCAACAAUGGAGCAUACAAGUGCUCUGCAUGUCCAAAGACUUUUAUAUCAAAUGCUGAUUUGAGAUCGCACCUGAGAUCAAAAAGAUCUUGCAGGGAGAAAUGUUCUGAUGAAGUAAUUACUACCGGGCACCACCUCAAAUCUGUCCCUGGUGAGUACAAGUGUCCUUACUGUGGGGACACUUUCCAGCUCCCAGAUGAUCUGAGAGGACACACAAAAGACUGUUCCAGAAAGUGCCAUGUGUGUGGGAAAACUACUGCUCGAAUGCUGGAUAUGCGAAGGCACAUGUUAAAGCACAACAACAAUGGCCCAUACAAGUGCCCGGUGUGUCCAAGGACUUUUAUAUCCCAUACUGAUUUGAAGAUGCACCUAAAAACAAAAAAACUUUGUCGGGAGAAAUGUUCUGAUGUGAUGAUGAAUGAAUUACUCUCUUCAGCAGAUGGUAAAUGUAGGGAAAAUGUCAAUGAAGCAGGACUCAUGACAAGGUGCCAACAACCAAGCUCUAACAACACAGCCAGGCCUUUGAAGAGCAUUGAAGAGUUCUUUGAAGAAUUCUCUCAUGACUUGCAGCAGUCCGAUAACAGCAUAAGUAGUGAAGUGAACCUGAAUAGCCUGAAUAGCCUCGACGAAGACUACAGUGACGAGAUCAGUCAAUACCAACCCAUGAAGGAUGUUGACCUGAAUUGCCUCCACGAAGACUCCAUCAUGACCACUGAAGACUACAGUGACGAGAUCAGUCAUUACCCACCCGUUAAGGACGUUGACUUGAAUACCCUCCAUGAAGACUACAGUCAGGCUGAGAUCAGUCAAUACCCACCCGUUAAGGACGUUGACCCAGUGGAGGACAGAAGGUCUGUGGAUGAUUCAGGGGGAAAUGAGAUGGCCAAUGACAAAGAACCAAACUCAACCGAAUGCUUAACAGAGGAGCAGGUGUCCCACACUGAGACAUGCCCUCUCCAGGAUUCUCAAUCAGAGACGAGCGGAGAAGUGAAGAACGAGAUACAGAGAGGGAAACUGCAGGCUGAGGCAACGGGUUCCCAAGGACAGAAAAGAAGAGGCAGAAAGAGGAAAGAGAGAAGAGGACGUGGUGUCAGAAAUGAGAAGACCGAGGCAAAGGGUGUGAAAAGAGAGCACUCACCUGAGACUGAGGAAGAUGCUGAACCAUCAGAUAAAGAACUUUGGACCUCUGUCAAUGAAAGGACCACUGUCAAUGAUUCUGGUGGAGUCCGUCCUUCUCCUCAGUGUCCAUCAUCUCAUAAAAAUGAGGAGGAAUUGCAACAGCCCAUACAGAACUUUCACUCAGAGGAGCACAGUGGUCAUAUGGCCAAAGGGCAGAACAGAGAGGAACGGUCAGAGAGUGUACCUCAGGACUCUCAAACUCCUGAGCCAUCCAACAGCUCUCACAAAAGAAGCUUUCGCUCAGAGCAGCACAGAGGACAUAUGGCAGAAGGGCAGAACAGAAAAGAACGCUCAGAGAGUGUACCUCAGGACUCUCUAACUCCUGAGCCAUCCAACAGCUCUCACAAAAGAAGCCAACGCGUCAAAGCAUGCUCUUUCUGUGGCAAGACUUUCACUGACACACUGGGCUUGACAAGACACAUGCGAUCUCACAUUGAGCAGAUGUCACAUCAAUGCACCCAGUGUGGGAUAGACUUUGAAUUCAGUGAGGACUUAGAGGAACACCAGAAGAGUAGCUGUGAGGAGAAGAAGACUGAGGAUGGAAGGAACAAUAACGAGAACGGCGAGGACAAUGGGGAUGACUACUGUGGAGAAAGUGUCCAGCAAAAAACAGAAUUGAAAAAAUAUAGUGAUCUGCAAGGAGACCUAAAACAACAUGUGAAAGGAGACACACAAGACUGCUCCAUAAAGUGCCAUGUGUGCGGGAAAAUAACUACUCGUAUGCUGGGUUUGCGAAGGCACCUUCUACUUCACUUCAACGAUGGAGCAUACAAGUGCUCUGCGUGUCCAAAGACUUUUAUAUCAAAUGCUGAUUUCAGAUCGCACCUGAGAUCAAAAAGAUCUUGCAGGGAGAAAUGUUCUGAUGAAGUAAUUACUACCGGGCACCACCUCAAAUCUGUCCCUGGUGAGUACAAGUGUCCUUACUGUGGGGACACUUUCCAGCUCCCAGAUGAUCUGAGAGGACACACAAAAGACUGUUCUAGAAAGUGCCAUGUGUGUGGGAAAACUACUGCUCGAAUGCUGGAUAUGCGAAGGCACAUGUUAAAGCACAACAACAAUGGCCCAUACAAGUGCCCGGUGUGUCCAAGGACUUUUAUAUUCCAUACUGAUUUGAAGAUGCACCUGAAAAUAAAAAUACUUUGUCGGCAGAAAUGUUCUGAUGUGAUGGCGAAGGAGUCACUGUCUUCCGUAGAUGGUAGAUCUAGUUUUUUUUUUUGUGAAACAGGUGUCAUGACAAGGUGCCAACAACCAAGCUCGAGCAACACAGGUGGGCCUUCAACGAUCGGGCCUGUGUUGGGCUUGAAGAGCUUUGAAGAGUUCUUUGAAGAGCUCUCUCAUGACUCCGACAUCAGCAUGAGCAGCGACGUUAACCUGAAUAGCCUUCACGAAGACUACAGUCAGGAGGUCAGUCAAUACCAACCCAUGAAGGAGAUUGAUCAAUCCAACCCGGGUGAAUACAAGUGUCCUCACUGUGGGGACACUUUCCAGUUCCCACAUGAUCUGAAAGGACACACAAAAGACUGUUCCAGAAAGUGCCAUGUUUGUGGGAAAACAACUUCGAAGACAUGUGACAUGCGAAGGCACAUGUUAAAACACUACGAUGGCCCCAUCAAGUGCCCGGCGUGUCCGAAGAGUUUUAUGUUCCAUACUGAUUUGAAGAAGCACCUGAAAACGAAAAGACUUUGUAGGGAGAAAUGUUCUGAUGUGUUGGUAAAGGAACUACUGUCUACGGUCGAUGGUAGAUGUAGGAAAAACGUCAGUGAAACAGGAGUCAUGGCAAGGUGCCAACAAUCAAACUGUUUGAAGACCUAUGAAGAGUUCUUUGAAGAGCUCCCUCGUGACUCAGAUAAGAGCAUGAGUAGUGGUGUGAACCUCUAUAGCCUCCACGAAGACUACAGUGAUGAGAUCAGUCAAUACCAACCCAUGAAGGAUGUUGACCUGAAUAGCCUCCGCGAAGACUACUGUGAUGAGAUCAGUCAAUGCCAACACAUUAAGGACAUUGACGCAGAUGAGGGCGAUAAGUCUUUGGAAGAUUCAGGGGGGAAUGAGAUGCCCAAUUGUCACACCCCUGACGAGAGGGGCUGUGACUAAACUCAGUCAGUAUCAUAGAUCAGACGGCACCACCCUAUGUUUACACAAAGAAUAGGGAGCUCUGAAGAACAGUUAUACCAUUAGACAACACCGGUUCUUUUAGUUUGGGUUUAAGUAGAAGAACAUGGAAGAGUGGUCAAUCUCAGUUUCCGUGAACCACAUGAGCGUAAGCUUUUGUUCGGCACAAGAUGGAGGAUACACCAUAAAACAAGUAACACCAUCACAUAACAAAAACAGGUUUCAGUUCAGGUGGAAGUAAAACAUUGCAACAAGGUAAUACUUCUCUUAGUAAAACCAAAGCUUCCCGAAGGAGCUCUGCCAAAGCUUCAACACAAACACAGCUUCCCUCGCACCUGCACCUCCCCCAAGGCGGCCACACCCCAAACAGAAAGGGUUAUAAUGGGGCGGGGAAACACAGGGAGACAAUCACAUCUUUCAUUUAAUCACGGAGUUAACAAAUACUAAAUUAGGAUCACCUGGGCUAAAGCAUGCACAGUAUAGGGCAUUUGUCACAACUGUGACACAAUGACAAAGAACCAAACUCGACCAAAGGCUUAACAGGGAAACACUGACCCAAGCCCUCUCCAGGAUUCAAUCUGAGAGAAGAAUGAGAUACAGGUGAUACCAACCUGGUCUCAGUAUUUCGUAUUAUUCUUUACGUAAAUUCGAUACACCCCAUUUAGUAUUAUAUGUUACAUUUCGAAUGGUAUUUACAGUUGAAGUCGGAAGUUUACAUACACUUAGGUUGGAGUCAUUAAAACUAGUUUUUCAACCACUCCAUAAUUUCUUGUUAACAAACUAUA